CAGUCCCGGCCCGUGUGCGCACGCAAACGAAUCGCGUUGUUAUUAUUAGGACAGGUAGACACAGGACACCCGCAGUCUCCAAUGGUUCUGCUAUCUGUCAUCCAUGCGCAGAACGAACCACGACAGUCCUGCGCCUGCUAAACGAAACCACCGGGAUAUAACCGAAUGGACGGAACGAAUUCUGGACAUCGACCGCUGAAAGAAUCAUGCAUUCCCAAAACAUUUAAACAAGCAUUCAUUUGAAAACAAUUCGUUCUGACCUAGAAGAGCAUGCGGUCAUGACUGACACCUGACAAAUCCUCCGUCCAUUGGCACUGAACGGACUGUUGCAACUUUCUGAAGUUUCCUCGUCCUCGGCUGGAUUCACGUUACAUAUCCUCGUUUCUUUCAGUUGUUAUUCGUGCAAGAAAGACGAGACGGCGACUUCAGUUGAUUAUCUGUCUUUUCUCUGUUAUCCGAUGGAUAUUCAUUGUAAGGCAGACCACUUCACCGCCAUGCACCGGCAUGGGGGGGUGAACCAGCUGGGCGGGAUGUUCGUGAACGGCAGGCCUUUACCUGACGUUGUGCGCCAGAGAAUCGUGGAGCUCGCGCACCAAGGGGUCAGGCCCUGUGACAUCUCCAGACAGUUGAGGGUCAGUCACGGCUGCGUCAGCAAGAUCUUGGGCAGGUAUUAUGAGACGGGCAGUAUUAAACCUGGAGUUAUCGGAGGAUCCAAACCCAAAGUGGCCACGCCGAAGGUGGUGGAUAAAAUAGCGGAUUACAAGAGACAGAAUCCCACCAUGUUCGCGUGGGAGAUCCGGGACCGGCUGCUGGCGGAUGGCAUCUGUGACAACGACACGGUCCCCAGCGUCUCCUCCAUAAACAGAAUCAUUCGGACGAAGGUCCAGCAGCCGUUUCACCCCUCACCAGACGGAUCGUCUCUCUCCACCCCUGGACACACUAUAGUUCCCAGUACAGCAUCUCCUCCAGUCUCCAGUUCAUCCAACGACCCCGUGGGAUCUUACUCCAUCAAUGGAAUUCUGGGUAUAGCCCGCUCUAACGGAGAAAAGCGGAAACGAGAUGCAGAUGGUUCGGAGGGUUCAGCGCAGAGCAGUGAUUCUCAGGGCAGCGUGGAGAGCUUGAGGAAACAUCUCCGUGCCGAUGCUUUCACACAGCAGCAGUUAGAGGCCCUGGACCGAGUGUUUGAGAGACCGGCGUUCCCAGACGUGUUUCCCAGUUCAGAUCACAUCAAACCCGAGCAGGCGAGCGAGUACAGUCUCCCGCCAUUGAACACAGGCUUGGACGAAGUCAAAACCUCCAGCGCGACCUCUGACCUCGGCCCCAGCGUGUCACAGAGCUACCCUGUAGGUCGGGAUAUGGCUAACACAACCUUACCUGGAUAUCCACCUCACGUCCCUCCCACAGGACAGGGCAGCUACCCAACAUCCACACUGGCUGGAAUGGUCCCUGGAAGCGAGUUUUCAGGGAAUCCCUACAGCCAUCCACAGUACACGAGCUACAAUGAAGCCUGGAGAUUCAGUAACCCUGCGCUAUUGAGCUCCCCCUAUUAUUAUAGUGCAUCCAGAGGCUCCGCCCACCCAACUGUUGCCACUGCCUAUGACCGCCACUAGUUACCACGGACACCAAAUUAGGCGACACGCCCAUGGCUUUGGACUCCAUAUUCUGCCGGUGUGAGCGGUGAAGCCGAUUGGACAGUGAGUGGUUUCGUGCGGUCAUGUGACGAGGGACAGACCAAUCAGGAUGAAAAACAUCUUGACAGCCAUUUAAACAAGCCUCAUCGGGGAGAACGCAAAUGACGUGAACAAUAAAUGUAUAAUUCAAAGACAGAGAGUAAAUAAGAUUUUAUAAGAUGUAAAAUGAAAAUCUGCUUUUCUAAUGGUUUUUUAUUUUGUCCUCAUGAAUGAACCAACGUCACAUUUGAGGGUUUUCGUAUGUAAAUUGUGCGUCCAGCAAACGUUUAUUUUGGGCACUAUGGGUCGUUCUUGUUAUGUACAAUAUCAAAGUAUAGACAGCUUUCGAUAAAUUUAUUAAGGUUACAGCAGUUUUAAUUUGAAACUAUUUAUGUUUUAUAUGCUGUCAAGACAUAGAUGUUGUAUGUUUCAGAGUACGUACAAAUGCAAAACAUCAUAUGUGUGCACUUACAGUACGUACGAAUACCUGCAAACAGCAUCAUUCUGGAUGAACGUCUUUCUGACAACCUGGAAAACUCAAUCCAACGCAUGACUGCUGAACAUCAAAACCUACAAGAACUCAAAUCUUCGUAUUUCACUCCUGUGCACCGUAAACUAUUCCUCCAUAUAUACUUAAACUCUCAGCAUGGAAACAACAAAACAAACAGUUGAACUGCUCUCCUUUAACGUCAGAUGUGAGAAACAAUCAAAUGUGAACGAGAACGAAAGGAAAUCAGAUCUGCUGUCUGUCCUGGACCUGAUUGAAGAUCAACUUUAUUGCAUUUCAUUUUUUCACAUAUAUAUAAUCGCAAAGAUAUCAUGAAGGACAUUACAGUAUGAAUGGGUUGUUCUCAUUUUUCAUCGCCAUGAAAUUACGUAUCAAAUUCUCAGGGGGGAAUUUAUAGCAUCACUCCACUAAUGCGAUUCAGACUACAGCGAGCUUCUACGACUAAUCCCUAUUACAACAAUCGGCCUUAUUAUUUGAGCAUCAUUUGAUGAAAAACAGACAUCAGUCUUUUAACUGUGUUUGUUUUCUAUGUCCAGAAACGACAGAGUAGAAAUGACGCACAAAAGCGGUGGAUCUGUUGCGUGAAUUCGCCCCAAGUUGUUGUGUUUUUGCACUAAGGGUUGUGUUGUUUCAUGAACAUCUUCAAUCUUGAUUCUUAAAGAGCAAAAUUGGAGCAUUCAGAUCUAGAGUGUGUUUUAUCUGAUCCAUUUUUAAUUGAAGCAUUUGAUAUACGUACACCUACGUAUACUACUGAUGAGAUAAAGCACUUAAACCUUCAAACCUGUUUACAGAUGUCUGCGGUGCUUCAGAUGGGUCGAGCGCUGGUCAUUCGCUUAAUGAUUUUCUUUUCAAAACUCUGAGGAACAAAACACAACAAGUUAGACAGAAUGACUUCAAUGCUUUACAACAAGUGCAAUUUCACACAUUUCACAUUUGAUCAAGUACUCUUAAAGGGAGAGUUCACUCAAAAAUAAAAAUUCUGUCAUUACUUACUCACCUGUAUCAGACUUUGUCUUUUUGUCAAAAACAAAAGAAGAUAUUUUGAGAAAUGUCUCAGUGGUUUUGUGUUCAUACGACGGAAGUCUAUGGGGUUAAAUGUUGUUUGAUUAUUAACAUUCUUCAAAAUAUCUUCUUUUGUGUUCUGCAGAAGCAAGAAACUCAUGCAGGUUUGACAUGACAUAAGGACGAUUAAAAGCUGAAGGAAUUGUAUUUUUGGGUGAACUGCCCCUUUAAGUUUCGUGUUUUAACACAUAUGACUGGUUUUAUUUUAUAUUUUACAGGUGAGUGAAUGUAGCACAUUUGCCAAAGACUUUUGUUGAUGAUUUCUUUUCAUUUACAGUCUAUUGUUAAAUUGUACAAACAGUAUUAUAGUCGAAACAUGUUCAAUAUGUGUACAAAUCCUAUGCAGAGCAAAGAAAACCUAUGUGUAAUUAUAAAACUACUGACAUGUUUGUUUUAUUCAUUAUUUAUGUUAUUUGGUGAAACAAAGAUUUUUUUUAAAAUAAUUUUGUGUGAAAUGUCAUUUAUGUACUGUAAAUACAUUCUGAAAUCUAAAAGGCCCUUUUCUGUGACUUUAUCAACCAGCUCGUCUGUAGAUAAAUUAAAUAAAAAUGUGCUUCUUUGAGAUCCGACACCCGUGGGAGAAAAAUAUGAUAUUAACACACUUAAUAUGAGCUUCUAAAUCAAUGAAAUGCAUCUUUCAUCCAUAAAAUCAAUUAUUUUGAUUGUUCAUGUUUCUGCAUGACUACAAACAUCCGAGCAGCCCAUGUCAAACAGAAUUCGCUUCAUCAUGGUAUCAUUUGACUCCACUUGUAACAUUUAUUUAUAAAAAGUAAAUUUCUCUUUAAUAUAUUAUUAAAAGUGACAAAACACUA